AUGUCUGCCCCAAGUCUGGCUGAGAAGCUUGACAAGAUUCGGUCGCCGAAUCUGCAAAGCCAGCAGCAGACGUCCGUUGUCUUGCGAGCAGUCGAGUCGACCCUGAAAGAGCAAAACUCCGAACCUACCCCAACAGCGUACUUCGCUGCUCUCCUUGCGCUUCUUGGCCAAACUCCUCCUGGUGGCCAGAAGAAGGAUCUCGCCACGGCCAUCGUAUACCUCCUCGACGUCGUCACGCCCUUUGCUCCACAACCUCUCCUCCGCGCCAGGUUCACUCAGAUCCUCCAGCUUCUCGCUCCUGUCGUGUCACAACCAGAAGCAGAUGCACCGCUACUCAGACCAUCGAUUGGAUGCCUAGAGUCCCUUCUGUUAGCCCAGGACUCGGCAUCGUGGGAGCUGACCGUCUCAGAAAUGGGGCCUCGGAGUGCCGUCUCGGGUCUCCUGAAUCUCUCCCUGGAUCCGCGUCCCAAAGUCCGAAAGCGAGCCCAAGAAGCUCUCAAAAAUGUGCUCAAGAAUCCCCCGCCUACCCCGUCUCUCGACCAUCCUGCAGCCGACAUGUGCGCUGAGGCCGCUAUGAUGAGCCUGACCGAGCUGGCAGAGAGUGCGGCUCGCUCACGCAAGGAGAAGAAGUCCAUCGAUAAAAGCCAAGACCCUGUCACGAUCCAUGCGCUUCAAUUGAUCAAGACCAUUGCAUCCGGCAGUAGGGGGUGGCCAAGCAAGAAGAUAGAGUCCUUGUGCGAACUCCUCAUCGGCAUCGCCCGCACUGGAAACGAGCACAUGACAAUGGCUAUUUUUGAGAUAUUCGACAUGAUAUUCGAAGGCAUGGCAGCGGACGAAGUCGCCUCGGCGAAACUGCCUCGAUUGCUCGACAUCAUCUCCGAACUGCGCCCUGCGUCCGACGACACACAACUUCUGCCGUCUUGGAUAGCGAUUUUGUCCCGAGGGUACGAGGUCUCGGCUCAGGUCGAGCCGGAAGACACAUUUUUGAAACUACCUGAGCUAUUCCAACUAAUAUCGCAAUUCCUCGAGUCCUCGUCAGAAAACAUCCGAAUCUCGGCGUCCGAAUGCCUUGUGUCGUUCCUCGCAACCUGCAUACCGAAUCAGGUCAUAUUAGAUCCCUCUGUCUACGACGAAAAGACACUAGAAAAGGUCAUCAAAGUGGUAGAAGGCCUUUUCAGUGUCAAAUAUCAAGCUGCAUGGGCGGAGACCUUCAAAGUCAUCGGAGCUAUGUUCGACUGCCUCCGAUGGAGGGCGCAUCCUUACCUUCUCAACGUUACGAAGAUAGUCGGAGACAUGCGAGGGAGUGACUCUUUCGCCAACAAGCAGGAAGCAGACGAGGUGCUCGGGAAAGCCAUCAGGGCAAUGGGACCAGAUGCAGUACUCGAGAUCCUCCCCUUGAACCUUGCCAAACCAACAGAGGGACAGACUGGCAGGGCAUGGUUGCUUCCCCUGCUCAGAGAUUACACGACAAAUACGAAAUUGGCGCACUUCCGUUCUGAGCUCGUACCUCUGAGUGAGCUGAUGUUCCAGAGGGUCUUGGACCAUGGGGGAUCGGAAAAGACCAUGGAGGUCAAGAUCUUCGAAACUGUCGUCCAUCAGAUCUGGUCUAUUUUGCCCGGAUAUUGCGACCUGCCGCUCGAUCUUCGCGAAGCCUUCGACCAGUCUUUCGCCGAACUCCUGGCAAAUCUUCUCUACCAAAAGGUCGAGCUCCGCCUCGAUAUCUGCAAGGGCCUAAGGGCGCUUGUGGAGUCGAACCAAGCCAUUGCGUCGAUCGAGGAAGAAGACGACCUUAUUCUCCAAAGCCGUGUAACCAAACAGCAAGCACGAAAGAACCUUGAGUACCUGGGUUCUUUAUCUGGCAAUUUCCUGGCUGUCUUGUUUAACGUCUAUGGACAAACUCUUCCACACUCGCGCGGCUCGAUUCUGCAGACUAUCAAUGCUUACUUGAGCAUAACGCCAUCGGCUGAGCUGAUGGAGACUUUUGAUCGCGUGUGCAAGAUGCUGGCGUCCUCACUCCAAGAAGCAGCUACGAAGACAGAAAAGGAAGGCAAGAAGGGAGGAAAUGACAAGAUGCCCGCCACCACCCAUACUCUCAUGGACCUUGUCAUAACUAUGUCUAUCUACUUGCCUAGGGAGAGUUUUGCGGCGUUGUUCGAGAUCUCCUCGGUGGUCAUCAUGAAAGACAGCGACCCACAGCUGCAAAAGAAGGCAUACAAGCUCAUUCCUCGCCUGGCAGAGUCCGAUAUUGGAAAGAUUGCUUUACAAGAACGACAGAACGAGCUGCAGGCCUUGAUUUUGUCCAGCGGAGACAAAUGCUCUGGCCCAGCCCGCCGAGAACGGUUGGCAGCGAUGUCUGCUAUGGUGCCAUUCAUUCCAAGCGACUCGCUGCAUUUCAUUCCGGCAGUUCUGUCCGAGGUUGUGAUUGGGUGCAAAGAGCAGAAUGAACGAGCGAGGUCAACUGCCUUUGAGCUCUUGAUCCUUCUGGGCAAGAAGAUGGAGUCAGCCACCGGUGCAACUAUCGACAACAGCAAAGUGCCUCACAUGCCCAAAGACGCCCCAUCGGCGACCGCGAACAUUGAAGAGUUCUUCACUAUGGUGAGCGCUGGUCUUGCUGGUAGCACACCGCACAUGAUCUCGGCCUCCAUCACCGCGAUCAGCCGCAUCCUCUACGACUUCAAGGACUCUUUGAGCCCCGAAACCCUCGCCGAGAUCGUCCAGACCAUGGACUUGUUCUUGACGUCGAACAACCGAGAGAUAGUGAAGAGCGUCCUUGGCUUUGUCAAAGUCUGCGUCAUCAGCCUUCCUAAGGAGCUGGUGGAGCCAAGACUGGGCACUCUCAUACCCAACCUUAUGAUCUGGAGUCACGAACACAAGGGCCACUUCCGUGCCAAGGUCAAGCACAUCCUGGAGCGGAUGAUCCGCAGAUUUGGAUAUGAAAUCGUGAACAAGAACUGCCCCGAAGAGGACCGGAAGCUCAUCAACAACAUCCGCAAAACGAAGGAGCGGAGCAAGAGGCAGAAGGAAGCCGCCAAGGAAGACGGCGAGGAGGCCGACGAGCCAAAGCGAGGCCGGAGGACUUUCGACAGCGAAUUCGACAAGGCCCUCUACAGCAGCAGUGAGGACGAGGCCAACUCAGACGAGUCCGAUGAUGAGCCGGCACCCAGGGGAAAGAAGGGCAAGCAGCAGAAGGGCAAGGCCUACAUCGUCGAGGACGAGGACGAGCCGCUCGAUCUGCUGGACCGCGGGGCGUUGGCUAGUAUCUCGUCGACAAAGCCUGUCAAGAUGCGCGGUCCGACCAAGACGAAGGUAAAGGUUGACCUCGACGGCAAGCUUAUCCUCGGCGAUGACAAUGCGGGUGCUGACGAGAUGGACAUCGAUGCUGCCCCGACCGGGGAGAGCGGUGUCAACGCUUACGUGUCCGCGCUCAAGGGCAAGGACGCCCCGAAGAAGGGGCUUCGCGGCAAGCUCAAGUGGUCGAACAAGAAGGGCCAGGACGACAAUGACGAUGAGGAUGGCAUGGAUGUUGAUGAGAAUGAUGCGGUUGCUAUCAAGUCGAAGACGAGCAAGGGCAACAGCAAGCCACGUGGAGGUGCUCCCGCGCGCGGAGGCGCUCAUGCUCGCGGGAACAGGUCUGGCAAGGGCAUCGCGGCAGGGCGGAGAGGACUGGGCGAGAAGCGACGGGGCCCGCCAUCAAACGGCAGGGUGAUGAAGCCCAGGGGAGGACGCAGGUGA